AUGGAAAAACUUGCAUACAUCUUGUAUAUUGAUAUGAUUUAACAGCUAUAGGCUGCAUAUUUUGGGCAUGAUGAUGUACUCGAUUUCUUAUUAGAGAAGUAUGAUAAAUUGCAUUUGAGUGUAGAUCCUUUAGAUAAUCUUGGAUUUACUCCUCUCCUUUAUGCCUGCUUCAGAGGUUACGAUGAGAAAGAGGAAGAGGCUAGUUUUUCGAGAAUUGCAUGUGUAAAGUUACUUGUUUCCAAGGGAGCAAAUGUAAACCUUAAAAAAGAAUAUACAGGUCUUACUGCUCUGCAUUGGGCUGCUUUUAAUGAAGACAAAAGUGUGGUAGUUUUCCUACUCAAUAAUAAAGCAAUUUUGUAACAGUCAACAAAUAUUCACACUCCCCUUGACGUGGCUGGUGUUUGUGAAAACUUUGGAAUUGUUGAAACCAUUCUUACUUUGUGGUAUCAGAAAUAGAGAAAAUCACCAUCAUUAGGAACAGAGUAAAAUCAAAACAAUUAGUCCUCUACAGAGAAAUUUCUUAAAGCGGGACAGGUUGCUCAUCUUGAUGAUGAAAAUAAAGGACCAAAUGAAAGUGAAAUAGUUAGGCUUAGAUUUGAUGAUCCAAACAUGCAGCUUAAUGACGAGUCGAAGGUAGUAUAUGAUAUCUUAUUCUGGGCAUCAGCUCUGGGAAUGACUGAAAUUGUAUCUUAUGUAAUUAGGAUGGGAUAUUCACCUUUCUCAAUUGCUUUUGAUGAACAGAAUGCGUUGAUGGCAGCAGUAGAAAAUGGGCGUCUUGAAACUGUAAAGCUUAUUUUAGGACUUGAGUACCAAUCUAGGAAUGAGAUAGCGUUGUACAAGGCAAAGUAUCAUUUUAAGGAUAAAUUCGGAAACAAUCCUUUACAUUUAGCUCACAAGAGAGUGCAUACAGAUGUUGCAGCAUUUCUUGAGUAAUAAUCACAAAGUGAACAAUUCAAGAAUGACAGAAAUUUGAGAGGUCUAGUGCCAAUCUAGAUGAACCAUAGGCAUAUUGCAUAAGAAUAAGAAGUUGAUUCAGAACCUGACUAUAUUUUCAUUGUGUAAAAAGCAAGAGCUCCUCUCUUAGAAAGCUAACUGGUUGAUUUAAAGAUUCAAUAUAAAUCUUUCACAUGUAAUUAUUUCAUUUUUAUAUUAUUAGCCGCAUUAAACCCUGAUAGAGAUUUGCUAGUUAUUUACUUUUCAGAUGAUUUAUUGGACGAAAUGGCUGAAAUAUAUGAGUUGCCUGUUAGACUCCUAGAUUAAAACCAAUCUGUUCCAUUCAAAAAUUAUGCAGAGGAUGUGUAUGAAUAGUUUUAAGCAAGACAAAAGUAAUUCCUCAUGAUGAAGAUCUUUGAAUAGGAAAUUGAUGUUGACUAUUACAAAAAAGCAGGUGUGAUUAUUGACCAUUUCCCUUUACAUGAUGCUUUUAAAAAUACUAUUGAUGAGAGCUGGAGAUAAUACAGAUUUGCAUUAUUCUUUGGCUUCAUUACUGGUAGAUACAAGCACUACAUGCAGCCAUUGCAUUUUAUUGCGAGAUAUUAUGGAGAAAAGAUGGGAUUCUACUUUGCCUAUCUUUUAUUCUAUACUUCUUGGUUAAUUAUUCCUGCUAUCCCUGGUCUUGCACUUUUCAUUUAUUAGAUGAUUAUCAUCGGUGGCUAAAUCAAAGACAAAAAGCCCAUUGAUUUGGACAAUCCUUUCAAUUGUCUCUAUUGCUUGGUAUUAGCUAUAUGGUCAACAGUAUUCCUAGAGGUUUGGAAGAGAAAAGAAAGUGAAAUAGCUCACAUAUGGAAUAUGACUGGAUAUCUUGGAGCUGAUACUGAAAUGCCAGACUACCGUUCAGAUUUUGUAAUUGAUGAUAAGACAAAAUCAAUUAAAAAAGAAAACCUUGCCAGUACUUAUGUUAGAAGAAUGUUCGGUGAAAUUCCAAGUGCGACAUUAUCAAUAGGAUUGGUUGUAUUGUGUUUUUGGGGAUUCAGGAAAUUGUAAUCUGAUCAUAAAGGCAAAACUGAGUACUCUGUCGGUUCUUCUGUUAUGAAUGCAGUCAUUAUUGUCGUUUUAGGAACACUCUAUAGAAAACUUGCCACUUUACUUGUAUCUUGGGAAAAUCACCAGUACCAAGAAGAGUGGGAAAAUUCUCUCGUCUCGAAACAUUUUGCUUUCUAGUUCGUUAAUGCCUACAUUGCACUCUUCGCAGUAGCCUUCUCAGAUUAAGAUUUUAACCAAUUAGCCUAAAAUUUAGCUAUCAUAUUGGCAGCCAAAUAAAUAGGUAUUAACAUGCUUGAAGUCAUACAGCCAUGGAUCUUGGUUAAAUUUAGAAUGUGGAAACUACACAAAGCUCUUAAAUAGAAUUUUGUAGGAAAACCAGAUAAAAAAGCUGAUUUUGAUGUGCAAUAGAUGGUUGAGGAAUAAUGCAUAUUAGAGCCCCAGUCCAAUGUUCUAGUUACAAAAUAUGCUGAAAUCAUUCAACAGUUUGGAUAUAUUGUACUAUUCGCCUAAGCAUUCCCAUUAGCUCCUCUCCUGUCAAUUUUCACAAACUUUUUGGAGAUGAAGGGUACCAUGAACAUGAUGGCUUACUAUCAAAAGAGAUCAAUAGCUCAAGGAGCAAGUGGUAUUGGAAAUUGGAGAGGGAUUUUACUAUCUUAUGUUGCUAUUGGAGUGAACUGCGCUAUCAUCUACUGGACAUCAAACUCUCUUAAUGAUAUUCUUGAUGGUAGAGAUUAUGAUGAAACUGAGAAAUUCAUGAUUAUUGUCAUCAUUGAGCAUGCUAUCAUCGUCUUUAAGCUUUUCUUGAGUAAUGUGAUAAAGGAUAAGCCAGAGUGGGUAGUUUAGGAAGAGCGAACCUAAUAAGAAGAACUUGAUAACCUUUUUGAAAUGCUCGAUAUAAAAGCUGAAUAAGUGAGAAAAGAUGGUGGUAAAAUCCUUGAGGAUCAGAUCAAAGCACUCAAGGAUAAACAAAAGUAAUCUUUCGUAAAAAGUCAAAUCGAACAGCAAUCUAAAAACAAUCUCGGUCAAGAUGCAAUAGAAAUGAAUGAAUUAAUGGGCAUUGAUGAAAAAUACAUUAAUCACAAAAGCAAAAAGAGAAUUGGAAAAGUCACUCUGUAAGAACUUUGGAAUAUCAAUGAGGACGGCAAGAAGGAUGAUAUAUCAAGAAGAGAAAAAAAGACACAGAUUCUAACUGCAGGAGCACCUAUAAGCAAAAAUGUGAAUGAUGACAUGAUGAGCAAGACCAACCAAUAGUUGAUUACUAAAAAGCCUGCUAACAAUGAUGAUGAGUAAUUAUUAAAUGAUGUCUCUAAAAGUGAUAGAAGUAAUUUUACUGAUAAUUGGAUGGUAUUAGAUAAGCCGGCAGUCAGAGAAUAAAAAGGCUCAAUAGUCAGUGGGGGGGAUGCUCAUUCCUCGAACAGAUAGUCAGUAGCCGGCCAGCAUAGCAGUGUAGUCAAUAAAGUACCGUAAUAAAUUCUAAGUUAAAUUCCUAUAGACAAUGAAGAGUUCAGAUCUUUAUGA